AUGCAGACAUACCUUCUUUCCCGGCAAUUUAACACUAGGUCUUUGGCAGAAAACUCCACAGCUUGUCCAGCAAAUGCUACUAUUUGCAAUGGCACGUCUUGUGUAUUACCAACAGAUGAUUUUAAUGAAACUUUGAGCAUAAUUUUAAGUGCUGUUCUAACAGUCAUGCUGGCUUUGGUGAUGUUCUCCAUGGGUUGCAAUGUGGAACUUAAGAAAUUCUGGGGCCACAUAAAAAGACCCUGGGGUAUUUUUGUGGGUUUCCUUUGCCAGUUUGGAAUUAUGCCUCUCACAGCCUUCUUGCUGUCCCUGGUUUUUAACGUGCUUCCUAUUCAAGCUGUCGUGGUGCUGAUCAUCGGAUGUUGUCCAGGGGGCACAGCCUCCAAUAUCAUCGCCUACUGGGUGGAUGGAGACAUGGACCUAAGCAUCAGCAUGACAACUUGCUCCACACUGCUUGCAAUGGGAAUGAUGCCACUUUCUCUUUUUGUUUACACCAAGAUGUGGACUGAUUCUAACGCAAUUGUUCUCCCCUACGACAGCAUCGGAAUUUCACUGGUAUCUCUUGUAAUUCCUGUUUCAUUUGGAGUAUAUGUUAACCACAGAUGGCCUAGUAAAGCAAAAAUCAUACUUAAGAUCGGUUCCAUUGUGGGAGCGAUCCUCAUCGUGCUCACUGCUGUGGUUGGAGGAAUACUCUACAAAGGCUCCUGGGUUAUCUCACCCAAAUUAUGGAUCAUUGGCACCAUAUUUCCAGCAGCUGGCUAUUCUCUGGGUUUCCUUCUGGCCCGCAUAGCUGGUCUGUCUUGGCACAGAUGUCGUACAGUGUCUCUGGAAACAGGCAUGCAAAACACUCAGCUAUGUUCAACUAUAAUACAGCUCUCAUUCACUCCUGAACAACUUGAACUGAUGUUUACUUUCCCACUCGUCUACAGCAUUUUCCAGCUGUUGUUUGCACUACUAAUUUUAGCAGGCUACCGUGUUUACAGAAGACACAGGGUCAAAACAAAGACAGAUGUUGAGAAAACAGAGGAAAAAGAGGAUUCAAAAUCAACGUCAUCACAUGCUAAAAUAAAUGGAGGAUUUGUAUCAAAUGAGACCAAAUAG